AUGUCGUCACUGCAAAUUACAGCAAUUUACUAUCAGACGGCUGAUGUGUGGUCAGUUCAACUUCCUGCCAUCAAUGCUGGUGGGCCUUACAACAUCACAGCGACAUCUAGCGCGGGCAGCAUUGGCUUAACUGAUGUGUUGUUUGGGGACGUCUGGAUAUGUUCGGGUCAGAGCAACAUGCAGUUUACAGUUUCAAUCAUGGGUUUCAAUGCCACGGAAGAGGAGUUAGAUGCCUUUAACCAUCCCAAUAUCCGGGUAUUUACAGUUGCCUUGGGGGCGUCUCCGUUUAAAGCAUGGGAUCUGUCGGGUAUCAGUGAACCUUGGUCUGUUCCUAGUCCAGAUAGCAUUGGUGGUUCCUAUUGGUCGUACUUUUCGGAUGUCUGCUGGUUAUAUGGAAAGUACCUGUCUUCACAUCUCAAAUACCCCAUCGGCCUCAUAGCAUCACCAUACGGAGGAACCCGAGUGGAGGCGUGGUCAGCUCCCAAUGUUCUCAAGAAAUGUGGUGUAUACGAUGUAAGUAAUGUAAGCGAUGUAAGUGAUGCUGGUGAUGUUUCUGGUAUAGAUCCAAAUGCUGAUUCUGUUGUGUGGAAUGUCAUGAUGCGACCGUUCCUGAACAUGACCAUAUACGGAAUCAUAUGGUAUCAAGGUGAGUCCGAGGCCACGCAUCCUACAUCAAUGAACCGGUACAACUGUACGUUCCCCGCCAUGAUUGAUGACUGGAGAGAUAGAUUCCACCACAGUUCCUUUGGUCAAACUAACCCGCUUUUUCCCUUUGGUUUUGUUCAGCUUGCUCCAUGGCGAGACAAUAACGUCACUAUGACUGGCUUCACAGACAUUCGGUGGCACCAGACAGCUGACUAUGGCUACGUCCCAAACGCCAGGAUGAAGAACACCUUUAUGGCGGUGGCCAUGGACCUGCCGGACUUCUCAUCUCCUUGGCAAAGUAUCCAUCCCCGGGACAAGCAGGAUGUGUCUAUGCGUCUGUGUACAGCAGGACUUGCUGUGGCUUACAACCAAACUCACUUCUCUACACUCAAUGGCCCCUACCCGUCUCAUUUUACAAUCUUGGCGCAAGAAGAAACCGUACAGAUUACUUAUGACAAAGUUCUGGAAAUUAGAUCGAAAUCAGGCUUUGAGGUGACAUGUGUUCCAUCCAACAGUUCAUCACGACCAGAUGAUAAUUCAGUAUGGUUUCCAAUGCCUAUUACUUCACACGACCACACAUCAGUGACCCUCAACUACAGCCAACUAUGUCUGCGAUCUAGAGACAUGGUGGUGUCUGCAAUACGGUACGCCUGGAGAGAGUCGCCCUGCCCCUUCAAACAGUGUGCUGUCUACAACAAGGACAGUGGAUACCCAGGACCACCUUUCAUUCGACAUGUUAGGCAAAAAGAUGUCUAA